GGAUUUGCGCCCGUCGAACAGAGUAGUAGCAUGUCUGCGCCGCCGAUGACCCCGAUGACGACCGACUACGCGGCCAUCGUCGACGCCAAGCAGAAGGCCGCGAGCCCUGCGCCUGCUGCCUACAAGCCCGUCUUCCUCGGCAUGUCGGCGCGCGACCUCGUCUUGAUCCCGUGCCUCCUCGUCUUCUUCUACGCGGUCGUCGCUUGCUACUUUAGCCUCCUCUUGCAUGCGGUCGUGCAGACGCAAAAUUCGAACGCGGCGCUCUGGAUGUUCUUUGGCAUCUUCCUCCUCGCGCUCAUCAUGGCCACCUUCUUCCUCAACGUGUCGGCGGUCAAGAAGUCGCUGCCGGAAAAGGCCGACGCGUAAGAAGCUCGCUCGAAUACAUCUCUACUUUAUUCCUCCGCC